GUGACUCAGUCCACCCUGCUGCUGACAUAAUGAAAGACGUCGCUCUGACUAACAGCUGAUAUCGAUCCAGUUAUAGAAACGACCGUUAAAAUGAGGCUGUGGAUGGAAACUCUGGGCUUCCUCUUUCUCUGGGCCUGUCUGGACUCGGCACACUCACGGAGCUGCUCGUCCUCUUUUUUCUGCCGAAAAUCUCACCGUGUCAGCGGCCUGAAUGGAGUCGAUCCCGGGUCCCCUCUCUUCCUCACUCCGUACCUGGAGAAGGGCGCCAUAGAUGAAGCCAGGAAACUGAGUCUGGUUGGAGAUCUGCCAGGUGCCAAUGUCAAGAGUUAUGCUGGGUACCUCACGGUCAACAAGAAAUACAACAGCAACCUCUUCUUUUGGUUCUUCCCUGCACUGAUGGCAAAGCAAGAUAAAGCUCCGGUCCUGCUCUGGCUGCAAGGCGGGCCCGGUGGAACCUCCAUGUUCGGUCUCUUUGUGGAACACGGACCAUAUGUGGUGUAUAAGAACCUGACUGUUGGUUUGAGGGAUUACGCUUGGACAUCGAGAUACUCCGUUUUGUACAUCGACAAUCCGGUUGGAACAGGUUUCAGCUUCACUAAUGAUGACAAAGGUUUUGCUCAAAACCAGGAUGACGUUGGCAGAGAUCUGUACAGUGCUUUAACACAGUUCUUCCAGAUGUUUCCUGAGUAUCAGUCCAAUGAGUUCUAUGCUACUGGAGAGUCUUAUGCAGGGAAGUAUGUUCCUGCCAUCUCUUACUACAUCCAUAAAAACAACCCCACUGCCAAAGUGAAAAUAAACUUCGUGGGGAUGGCCAUUGGUGACGGGCUCUGUGAUCCAGAACUGAUGCUGGGUGGUUAUGGUGAGUUCAUGUACCAAACAGGCAUGAUAGACGAAUCCCAAAGACAGUAUGUCGUCCAGCAGACAGACUUAGGGGUAAAACUCAUCCAGCAGCAGAAGUGGGUGGAGGCUUUUCAGGUUUUUGACAGCUUGCUGAAUGGUGACGUGGAUCCCUAUCCCUCCUUCUUCCAAAACGCUACCGGCUGCACUAACUACUACAACUACAUGACCUGUCAGGAGCCGGAGGACCAGGAGUACUUCUCCCAGUUUGUGACUCUGCCAGCGGUGCGACGUGCCAUCCAUGUGGGGAACCUGACAUUCCAUGAUGGCUCAGAGGUGGAGAAACACCUUGUGCAGGAUGUCAUGAAGAGCAUCAAGCCGUGGCUGGGGGUGCUGAUGGAUAACUAUAGGGUGUUAAUCUACAGUGGUCAGCUGGAUGUAAUUGUCGCAGCGCCACUGACCGAGAGGUUCCUGCCUACUGUCAACUGGAGAGGGGCGGCUGAGUACAAAACAGCACCUCGUUUCCACUGGAAGGUUCAGCCCAGCGACACGGAGGUGGCUGGUUACGUGAGACAAGUGGGAGAGUUUUACCAGGUCAUCAUCCGAGGAGGAGGACACAUUCUGCCUUACGACCAGCCGGCGAGGUCCUUCGACAUGAUUGACAGAUUCCUUUCAACACGGGGCUGGAUAUGAAGUGUUUUGGUCCUAAAUCAGCUGAUCAAACCACCUCCACUUUAAAAGAUCAUAUAUUAGAUUAUUGAUUUUAAAGACUGUCUAUUGUCUCAGCCAAUGCAAAUCAGCACUUUGUUGAAUUUUUAAACAUUUAUUUUUAUUAGUUUUAGCAGGUUACAUUCGGUGUGGGACUUUGGUCUGCUCUCCGAUACAAAUUGAAAAAGUUGUCUUAAAGUGGAGCCAGGUCCCCACAGGCCCCCGCAUCUUUACAUCGUAGAAAUUAACUGUAUGAGGAAAAUAUAGUCUUCAUUCAAUCAGAACUUGCUUGAUGAUGAAAUAUAAAGGAAACACCUUGAAACUACAGCUGAAUUGUUUUUAAAUAAAAGUUAUUUUUUACUAAAGCUGAGUGUCUUAAUGAUCAGAGAAGACCAAUGAGUUUUGCAGUGUUUUUGUGAUUGACAUCUGUUGCAGAUUGGGCAUUGUUGGAUGGGAUUUGUCCCUUCAAGUACUGUUUGGUUGGGCUAGAAAAUGUCCACCAGGGGUCACUGUGCCUAAAUACAUUUCAUUGGAAAGUCAGAAAUAAAACUAGUAUUUCUCUAAACUUC